AUGAGCACUGCAGUUGGGGAUUAUUCAGUUCAUUCGUCGAGGGACAAACAUGUAAGCCGACGAAUGGCUUCGACAACAGCUGAUACUCUGUACUGGUGUCCACCCCCACCAGUUCCUCCAGUCACUCUACCACCUGUCGCUGGUGUUCAGUCUCUGCCACCGCGACGCCGUCGUGGCCCUAUGACACCUCCUUAUCCGGCAGACCCUCCGUCGAUAUCUGACGAUAGUAUCAUUCGGAGCGAUGUGCCGAGUAGUCAGUGUGAUAAUCUGGUGGGAACUGCGAUGGAUCUUGAAUCAGUGAGUGGUGCUUCACGUUCACCGUCACCUGCGAUGUUGUCUCCAUCUCCACCUGAGAAAAGGAUUCGUCGAGGGCCUCGCACCCCUCCCGAACCGGAACCGUGCAAUUCUCGAUCGCCCUCACCAACUUCUUCGGCAAUUCAUCACUCUCAAAUCUACCAACAAGGGUCGUCAGCCCUGCCAUCUACAGCCAAUCAUACCACCACCUAUCACCGAUUACCGAAACGAACCUCAAGUCCUCCGGUCAUUGUGCUACCCACUGUAAAUCUGUGUCCUCCGUCAGCACCAACGUCAACUCUGUUCCAUGACGAACGUUUACAGUCUCGUUUCGCUGGUAUUGGUUAUUGCGGUGGCGGGUCGAAUAACCCUGCGGUGGAUCGGUUGUUGAUCGCAUCGACACAGCGGAAUGCACCUCAAAUGUUACCGGCACCGGCCGCUAACAAUCAACCACAAGUGAUGUCAAACGGUGCUGCGCCGAUCCCGUUGAAUGCGGUCAUUUUUGAUGGUGGUGGCGUUAGUGCGUCGAAAGGCGCCGAAAUGCCUCGUCCGCACCCUCAUGCUCCACCUCCACCACCACCCCCACCAGCUCAUCCCUUCGAGCCAUCCUCGUCUCCGAUUGUCAGCCCAUCAGCAUCUUACAGUCUUUCACCGAUGUUCCCACCGAGACCAUCGUGGCCACCCGUCGCAAUAGCGUCGAUGAGCAGCAGCGCCGCGUCGAGCAGUUGUCAUGAUUUCACAUCACCAAUGCAAAGUUGUGAUGUUCCAGCGCGAAGUAUAUCGCCGCCCCCGCCCCCUCCACCUCCACCCCCUCCACCACCUCCAUCCCACGAACUCAGUUCUGGCUUGGCGACGAAUGUGAUGGCGAUUCCGCCGCCACCCAAAUCGUUCGACUCACCAAAACUCAAUGAACCAUCUGCAGCAGCAGAGUCGUCAAGCUCAGUGCCAUCAUCAGCAGUAGCAAACAAUAAGCCGGUGUCAGCUCAUGAAACGACGUCAAUCGCACUCGAUCCAAUAUUGCUCUCAUUGGCGGACUUCGCGCCGAAACAGCCUCCACCUGAGAGAAGAACGAAGAAGUCGCUGAAAGGGGACACAACAAAGAAGUGGUUAAUGGAUCGCAAAGAACGAAUACUAACCGCUGAGAAUGAGCAUCGACGUUCAUCCGUGACCAAUGGAUCCAACAAACAGAAAGGGAUGAAGUUAAUAUCGAAACAGAAAUCUGAAGAGAAAUUAUCUGAAGGAGUAUCGGAAAUGAAAUCAAAAAAGAAAACGAGCGCUCGAAAAGAGACCAAUGGAAACGAAACGAAAUAUCAGAAAGAGUUCUAUGAAGAAAGAAGGAAAAGCCGAGAUAAGGUGAAACAGAAACGAUCCACAGAUGUUGGCAACAAAAAGGAUGGCAUCGGUAGGAGUGUGGUUGAUGUUCAUAAAGCAGACGAAGAAAGCAAUGUUCCUCACUCAGCUGUGAGUAGUACUUGCGCUCAUUCAAUAUCCGGUGAUAAGUUGUCGAAUGAGAAAUCGGAUCAGCAUUACGCAAAGCAAAAACAAAAGAAGAGAAAGCAUAAAGAGCUGGAAGCGAUUCCACCAACUGAUAAGAGCAGCAGUGUUGUGGAGAAGAAAACUGCAACAACGAAGACUGCGACAGAUGAAAAUUCGAUGAGCGACUGCAAAGAAUCUGGAUCAGAAAACCAUCAGCUAAAGUCACGAGGUGACCAAUCGUCCUCUGAGAAAUCACCGCAUCCAUUAAGGAAACCAGCAGAAAAGGCAAGGGAUCACAAAGGCGAAUCGAACUCAAGAAAAGAGCACGAACGGCCGAUGAAAGCAUCUUCUGUAGGCAAGAAACGCUCUCCAUCAUCAUCGUCUUCAAGCCAUCCUAAAAGCACCAAAUCUGUUGUUAGCAAACGGGAACAAGAAGAUGAGAGCAGUGGAGGCGAAGAGAACAAAAGAGCAGUGAGGAGAACGAAGAAAGAGUCAGCUUCUGAUGAGCUCAAUUCGAAAAAAAUGCCAUCUCAGUCGGAAACUGAAGUCGAUAAUGUGGUAUGUAAAAGUGAGGUGAAGCGCGAAAUUGGUUCUGAAAUUGGAGAGGAAGAACUCUGUUCAUUUCCGUGUGCUGCUGAUAGUAAGAGUGAUGAAAAUAUCAAGGAUACAACACUGGUUAUGCCGAAGGUAAAAGAAGAGGUCACUGGACUCGAUUUACUGUCGUCAGCAGCUCUGAUUAGGUUGGUUUCGUUCAGUAAGGAACAGUCUUGGCCAAUACUUUUUCAGUUUCGGCGUUAUAUCCACAUUGAAGUGCAUCCGAAUGGCGGUGCGUCGAUGCUGCGUGCGAACUGGACGCAUGUCAAGAAACAUCUGAAUGAUUUCGAAAGAGAGCAGUUCACUCGUGAAUUCAUAAGGCUUGGUCUUGCCGAAAUCAACCAGAAUCCUGUCUUCGUGAUCGGUGUAAUAGAAAAUGCUACCACCUAUCUGCAGAAUACAUUGGAGUACUUGGCGAAGUCGUAUCCCAAUCUUCCGGUUAAGGUUGGCUCAUUGUUGAAUAAGCAGAGUGUGCAAACGACCACCAUUUCGGAGUACUAUCAAAAAGCAAUGGAAACAUGUCGAUUCGGAACGUUCAGGCACGGACCAUUGCAUGCGUUGAGUAUCGUUGGAGCGAAACAAGAGGAAUGUGGCCAUUAUUUUAGAGAACUGCUAGAUCGGAUUGAGGAAUUUCCCAUGCUUCGACUGCUGAUGCCUUGGAGUGAGAACUCAUCUGCUGAAAUGGACAGUCCGGCGGAUAGUGACGAUGGGCCGAUAUUCUGGGUUAGGCCCGGAGAACAGCUGAUUCGUACCGAUGAACCAAAAGAUGAGAAACCACGGCGACGAAACGUGUGUCGACCUGCACAUCAUCUGACUUACAGAUCAAGAGAGCAUCGUGAGUUCCUGUUCGAAGACCGUACCCCAGCACACGCGGACCAUGUUGGCGAUGGCUUGGAGAGGAAAACAACUGCAGCUGUCGGUUUUUUGCAGUCAAUAAUGGGCGUUAACGAGAAAAAAGGUCGUGAGAAUCAAAUUGUUAAAGAUGUGGUCUGUUUUGAUGCGUCGGAUUUUGAUACUCUCGUUGAGCGAUUACAAUUGGAUCUGUUCGAGCCACCGAUGUCACAGUGUGUCCAGUGGGUGGAAGAAGCUAAGUUGAAUCAGCUGAGACGAGAUGGAAUUCGUUAUGCUCGAUUGCAGUUGCAUGACAACGACGCAUACUUUGUGCCUCGCAAGGUGAUUCAUCAGUUCCGAACCGUUAGUGCUUGUUCGUCAAUGGCGUGGCAUGUACGUUUGAAGCAGUAUUGUGAUGAAGAUGAGAAAGAUGCCGAUCCGAUUGCUGAAGAUGAUACAAGUGAUCAAAGUGAGAAGCGUUCGAUCAAGCGGAAUGGGUAUUCGGCAUCGAUGAACAGAAGCGGAGAGGUGAGUAUGAAGCGGUAUGAGGAACGAGUCGAAGACGAUGCGGUUCCAGCAGAUCCGGUGUUGGUAUCAAAGUGA